AUGCCUGCAGACUUCAGUGGGAAAUGGAUACUGGAAACCAAUGACAAAUUUGAGGAGUACUUGAAAGUGUUGAAUAUUGACUUUGCCACAAGGAAGAUUGCUAUCUCACUAUCUCAGACCAAAGUGGUUGCCCAAGACGGAGACAAGUUUGACAUCAAAACUCUGAGCGCCUUCAGGAAUUAUGAGCUCGCCUUCACUGUCGGAGUCGAGUUUGAUGAGUACACCAAGGGAUUAGACAACAGAAACAUCAAGUGUCUCGUGACCUGGGAGGGAGACAAGCUGGUGUGCACUCAGAAAGGAGAAAAGGCAAACCGGGGCUGGAAACACUGGAUUGAAGGAGACAAACUCUACCUGGUGGGUUGA